GCCUCUCUCACUCUGAUUGUAAAACCUGCGUCCACGCAAGUCGGUGUCUUCUCUACGCUUGCGCUUCGUCGCCUCCUCUCGAACUCAAUCGUCGAAGGCGGCAACUUAGCCGCUUUGCAAUUUCCUACCGUCAUGGCUACUCAGAUGAGCAAGAAGCGUAAGUUUGUAGCAGACGGAGUUUUCUUCGCUGAGCUCAACGAGCUUCUCACCCGCGAGCUCGCUGAAGAUGGUUACUCUGGCGUGGAGGUGCGUGUCACCCCCAUGCGUACCGAGAUCAUCAUCCGCGCUACCCGUACCCAGAACGUUUUGGGUGAGAAGGGACGUAGGAUUAGAGAAUUGACAUCUGUGGUACAGAAGAGGUUUCAGUUCCCCGAGGGCACAGUGGAGUUGUACGCUGAGAAGGUUAACAACAGAGGUCUAUGCGCUAUUGCGCAGGCUGAGUCUCUUCGAUACAAGCUUCUUGGUGGUCUUGCCGUUCGCAGGGCUUGCUAUGGAGUGCUGAGGUUCAUCAUGGAGAGCGGUGCCAAGGGUUGUGAGGUGAUCGUAAGUGGAAAGCUGCGCGCAGCUCGUGCCAAGUCCAUGAAGUUCAAGGACGGCUAUAUGAUUUCAUCAGGAAGCCCUGUCAACGAUUACAUUGAUAGCGCUGUUAGACACGUCAUGUUGCGACAGGGAGUGUUGGGCAUCAAGGUAAAGAUCAUGCUCGACUGGGACCCAAAGGGCAAGCAAGGCCCCAUGACCCCUCUUCCAGAUGUGGUUACUAUCCAUAUGCCCAAGGAAGAGGAGGAGUUUGCCCACAAGCCUCAUGUAGGAAAGGAGGAGUUGUAGAGCAAAUCGUGGAAUGCAUCUUUUCUAGUGAAAUUGAAUUUAAGGUCGCUGUUUUGCUCAAGUAUAUCUCCUUUUAUUUUAGCGAGUUUCUUGUGUGAACUGUACUGUGUGACUUUUACUUUCGAUUGAGAUGUGCUGCGUUUGGGAUUAAGUUCAGUCAGUUGGUACAGU